CCACUUCGACCUGGAAGUGAAAGGAGGUGCCGGUCGAGCGGAGGCCAACCCCGAUUUGGGGGACCGAUCGCUUGCCUCGGUUCUGGCAUCGCCAGUGUGGCCAUGUCCCAAGGAGUCAGGCCAGAAGAGGCAGAGGCAGGCAGCAGCCUCCGGAAACAUCGGAGCCACAGUGAAUUGCUGCCCAGUUGCAGCUCCCAGACAAACCAUAAAGGGCAGGAUCGGAAGGAGCAAAAGAGAAAUAAGCGGAUGGUGCAGCAAAUUCAACAGAUCCAACAUCUGGAGUCCUUCUAUGAGAAACUUCCUCCAGGGCUAAUUAAGGAAGAUGAGACUAAACCAGAAGACUGCAUUCCUGAUGUACCUGGCAAUGAAAAUGCACGACAAUUUUUAGCACAUGCUCCAACCAAAGGAUUAUGGAUGCCUUUAGGAAAAGAGGUCAAGGUUAUGCAAUGCUGGAGAUGUAAACGAUAUGGACACCGAACAGGAGAUAAAGAAUGUCCUUUCUUCAUCAAAGGCAACCAAAAAUUAGAACAAUUCAGAGUGGCACAUGAAGACCCCAUGUAUGAUAUAAUAAGAGAAAAUAAACGCUAUGAAAAAGAUAUGAGGAUAGAACAAUUAAAACGGUUGCUGGAAGACUCCACAUCAGAUGAAGAUAGCAGCAGUGACAGUUCCAGUCCCUCGGGGAGUCAGGUGAAGCACAAGAAGAAGAAAAAGAAAAAAGAAAAGAAGAAAAAAAAGAAAAAGAGAAAACACCGGUCUUCUAAAUCAAGCAAGAAGUCUGAAUCAGAUUGAGAUGGUUGCCUUUGUGUCAAUAAGAUGUAAAAGAUCCAAAGAACAUUCCUUUAUUUCUGUUUUAUCUGCAUGCUCUACCUUUCUUGUGUUGGAAAAUAACAACAAAAAACCCCAAGAAAGGUUAUUUUGUAUCUGUGUGAGAUGCUGCUAAAAAAACGUGCUUCUAUGUACACACCGACAUGAAUGCAUGCACAGAUUCUUUUUAACUAUUUUUGUAAAAGGUCCCUCCGCCCUUUUUUUAGCUACUAAAACUUUAACAAUCAGUGUAGGAAAGGGAAAACCAUCAAUAGGAAAGUUCCAAAAAUAACUCCCAAGAUUACACAAAUAUCUUUUCAUCAAAACUUGGUAACAUUUAGCCAAAAGUAUCCCUUUAGUAGCAUAUCACCAAAGUGUUUGCAGUAUGGCAGAAGUCCCAGCCUUUACUGAAGGAAGCCUAAUGGACAAUAUGCAAAGGCAAAUGAAUGGCAAAGGGGCUGGGUAUGGGCUUCACCCUUAACUGCCUCCAUCUAAACUUUGCUCUAAAAGUGGCUUUCUAUAAAGGGAUGAAGCACAAUACAACUAUCAUUAUCUACCACAAUACAAGAAUAUAUUUUAUAACUUAUUUUCAGAUGUACUUUAUUGUAAAGCUGCAUAAUUUAUCACCCAUCCUCCAGCUGCAUCUGACAUAAUAGGAAUGGCUCCACAGAAUUCUAUAAGAUUAGAAAUAGAGUCUGGGGAAUUGUAAAACAAUCUUUAGAUCACACAUUUUGAAGAUCCAGUUUUACUGAUAAUAAAGCACACAUAAAUACAACUUAUUUUUAAAUGUCCAUUUCCUUACCAAUUCCUAGAAAAGUGCUUGAAAAAUUAAAAAAUGUUUUUUGUCAAGUAACCAUG